UUUAUUUGUUAUAUUUUUACUACUUCGUAAAAUUGUUGAAUUUGUAUAAUAUUAGCUAAUUAUUUAAUAUGAACGUACAACUGAAGUUAUUAGACCAUUUCAAAUUAUCAGAUAGUGUAUCACUGAAUUUCGCCUGCGGUUAUUCCGAAGACAAUCGUUUCUUCAUAAUCAACGAUAUCGGUGUUUACGUUUUAGGUUUUACGGGUUCCGUAACGGACGAAUCGCCCGGUUUUUUAUGUACCAAACAUUUCUUCCAACCCUCGCCUUUCACGCCUUGCAGUCACGUAGAAAUCGAUUUAAAUAGCUUCCACAACGAAUUAUCGAAGGAAGAUGUGUACGAGAUGGCGAUGAAAACCGAGUAUUCCGCUACGCUUAAAUACACUAAGGCUAUUGAACCAGCUGCCACUUACGCUGAAUGGUCUCCGAAAGGGUUAUUGAACAAGCACGAAUGCCUUAUAGCAGUCUUGACAAACAUGUUCAGUUUGGAAAUAUACGCGAGGAUUUUAAACGAAAGAGAAGAAAUUCAGUAUAUAUUUGUAUCGAACAUAACUGAGGCUAUUAUCCAUGCACAGAAACAUAACUGGAAAGAUGCCAAUCGAUUUGGGAUAGUAACAAAGUCGGAAGAAUAUAAGAGAAGAAUCGAUUCCGUUACACCGACAGCUUUCACUUGGAGUCAUUUGUUUCGGAUUAAUAACGAAAACUCAGCUGUAAUAUUCUGCGGACACAUUAAUGGUGAUAUAACAGUUUGGAGAAUUCACAACGAGGAUUUUAAAGUCGGUUUAAUAUUAAUACCUACAUUUUUGGGUCGAUAUAGGACACGUUUAAAAAGAAUUUCUACUAUGUUCUGGCAACAUAAUAGUCAUUAUGGUGGUGCUCUGUUUAUCUCCGAUUUGGAUGGUAAACUAAAUGCAAUUCACGUAUCAAAUUUGAAUGAUACAUUAGCAUGUUUUAAUGCAGAAGAAUCGUUUUUGACUCGAUGUGACAAAAUGAAAAUUGAUAAAAUAAGUGUUAUGAGACACAAGAACUACACGUUUGUACUUGUUGUCAAACAACGGAUGCUCUCUAUUUACGGUUUCGAUGCAGAUGGAGAAUUGUUUGAUUGCCGUUCGGAAUAUAUCGAAGAUUAUUACAUCACAGGUUUGUAUCAUGUUGACGACAAAAUUUUUGUACUAUCCUUACCUGGAAUAUUCGCCGAGCUUCGCUUAGAAGUUAACCAGAAAAAGAUUACGGUGAAAAAAUCAUUAAUCUCUCUAAAAAACGAUAUGAUGAAGUAUCGUACUCAUGGGUUUUUCUUUUCGAAAAAUAUGGUUUUGUGCACGAUUAUAGCAUACCCUUGGGACUUGCAGUCUUUCACCAAAUCAUCUCGAAAUCACGUUAGCAUUUUCGUUUAUCACGACGUGUUGAAGAAACCCAUCGACAUACUUUGGCACAACGAAGAGGAUAGCAUUAUGGAUUAUUGGGAUUGCUUCGAAGCACUUAGAAUGCUUUGCAUCAAAGAAAAACGAUUUCCUUGGUUGGGACUCCCGUCCCAUUUAAACUACGACACGCUCUCCUUAACGCAAUUAAAAACGUUAAGAUUAAUCGCCAAGCUCUCCGAAAUGGUCUUCAACUUAAUACCCUACAUAAAAAGCUACACGAUGAAACCCUACAUUCUGGUCCACUAUCUAUUAGAAAUACAAUUGAUAGUCAAGAGAAUGUCGCGUUUGUUGCACCGAAGCAAAACGAAGCGGCUCACCGACUUCCAAAUGAGAAGCAUCUCCAUCCAAAAUUUCCAUCUAAAAGAAUUAAUCGCCGGCGAUGUCCUGGCGAAGGCCAAUGUCGGCAAGACCUUCGUAGAAGAUAUCGCGUCGGCGAUGAGAAUCGCCAACGAAUUGGAAUAUCCGGAGCCGCUCGUGUGCGCUUGGUGCGGAGAUAAAGUUUUCGCGGCGACUUGUUUACCGCCGCAUUCGGACAGCCGAUGUUGUUUCACGAUGAUGCCGGUGUUCAUAAUACCCGAGUACAAAUGUCCCUAUUGUAAAUCAACGGCCCACAAGAACGUCGAAGAGGAACUGUCGGAGGUGGUUUGCCCUUAUUGCGAUGUAUUUAUGGAUAAGUUGCACGUGAAUGAUGACGGGAUUAAACGGAAUUGCGAGCGAUUUCAACGUACUUUAUCGGAAUUGAAGCUUUCCGAUUGUUUUGAAGACUGUUUACAAGAGACUACAUCGUUAGAGGAAAUUGAAGAUAAUACGACGGAUUAUGUGAUCUUUAGCGAUGAUGAAGAAGAAAUCGAUACGAUUCGAAAGCUUUACGAACGCUUUUCAUCGAUACAAGUGAACGAAUUACGACAGAACGAUUCCGAUUAAUAUGGGGUAGGUCGAAUUAAUUUAAUUUUAGAUAGAAUCG